AUGUCUGUAAAUAAAGAGAAUAAACAGCUUGGGAACCUGAAUUUUGCUGAUGAAUCGGGGGCUUUUAAGAAACAACCAUCUACAUUCCGUAGUUUCAUUUCUAGUGCGGAAAGUGCCAAAUUUAAACCUGAAUUAAACCGUUAUCAUUUGUAUGUGUCAAUGGCCUGUCCAUGGGCCCACAGAACAUUAGUAACUAGAGUAUUGAAAGGAUUGACACAAAUUAUUUCAGUUUCGGUUGUCCACUGGCACAUGGAUGAUGGUGGAUGGAGAUUUAUUAACAAGGAAGAAGCUAGCAAGAGGUCAUCACAAGGUGAUAUUCUGAACGGUACUGAAGACCAUUUGUACAGAUUUGAAAGACUCAAGCAAUUAUACUUCAAGGCAGAUCCACAGUAUUCAGGCAGAUUCACUGUUCCGGUUUUAUGGGAUAGGAAGUUGGAAACUAUUGUGAGCAACGAAUCGAGUGAAAUCAUGCGGAUGCUUCAUAGUGAAUUCAACUCAUUUUUGUCAUCUAAGUAUGCUGAAUUAGAUUUAUACCCACAAGAAUUGAGAGAGACUAUCGAUGACAUCACUUCGUGGAUUCAAUUUAAUAUCAACAGUGGUGUUUAUAAGACAGGUUUCGCGACUAAACAAGAAGUUUACGACAAGGAAGUGACGAAUGUUUUCCAUCAUCUUGACAAGGUUGAAAAUAUUUUGGCCAAGAAUUACGAAGGUCCUAAUAAGAGCGAAUUUUUAGUAGGCAACAAGCUUACCGAGGCCGAUAUUAGAUUAUACACCACGAUUGUUAGAUUCGAUGCCGUAUAUUAUCAACAUUUCAAGUGUAAUUUAGGGAUGAUCAGACAUAAUUACCCUAAUAUCCAUAGAUGGUUGAGGUUUUUAUACUGGAAGGUUCCAGGUUUCGAGGAAACAACCGAUUUCGAUCAUAUCAAAUACCAUUACACUAAGUCUCAUCCCGGUAUCAAUCCCAACGGUAUUACACCUUUGGGGCCGGUCCCCAAUAUUUUAAAUAUUACUUAG